AUGACGGACAUCUUCAGAAGGCUGGUCAGAGGCGAUGGCUGGCCCGACGAGCCGGAAUUACCCUCAGAAGAUGCACCACCUGUGCCGACGUAUUCGAUCUGCCUCAGCCUUCUCUGGUUGGUGCCCGUCUUCAUAUACUGGCUUUUAGAUUUCCUGCUGACGCGCCGAAGGCGUACCGUCCGUGAAUCUAGUGCAGAUGUGGAUGACGCCGCGCAGUCUGUGCUUUUGCAGGAUGACGAACCUGAAGAGUCGGCGGGUGGCCCACGCAUAAACACAUUCGUUGGACAGACACAGCCUGGUUACUUUCCCGUCAUGUUGGCGUCUCUCGAGCAUUCCCUACCACAUUUGCAGAAAGGCCGGGCGACAGCUGGAGGUCUGGGCAAAGUCGUUGAUCUCAUUGCCAGGAAGCACCCUACGGAUAUUCUUUUAGUUCAUCCGAUGAUGAAGCAGGAAGAGGGCAAACUGCAAUAUGGGCAAGCCUGCGAGGAGCAAAUGCCUUUGCGCUUGGUCAUUGACGGUGAGCGUUGUAACGUUCGCGUGUAUAGGUUCGUACCACCAAGUGACGCCUGUAUAGCGGAUUCUCACGUGGAAUUCCUGAUGCUUUCGCAUGAGAUCUUUGAAUCCCGUGCUAUGGACGGUAUCUAUCCAAAUCCGCUAUCACGAAGAGCCGUUCUCAAGUUCUUUUCGUUAUGGAACCAAGCAGUUGGUGCUUUGCUGGCUCGACACAAGCCGCGAGUAUUUCAUUGUCCGGACUUUCAUGCCGCUAUUGCUCCUUGGUACGCCUUGCCGGAGCACCCACAACUGAGGAUCUUGCUGGUGUUACACAACGCUGAGUAUCAAGGCACUAUCAGCACAGAUAUGAUUUUUGGCAGGAGGUUGGCUGCCAUAGCCUCCUUGUUCAACUUGCCACCUCAAAUGGUGAAAGAUCAUCUGCUUCUGGAUGGGCGGUUUAACAUGCUAAAAGCAGCUGUUGACUUUGUCAUCGAGAAGCAGAAUGGUGAGGGUGUCUGUGCAGUGUCCCAGUGGUAUGCUGCCGAAUGCCAUUCCAGCUAUGGAGUCCUCUGGCCUUUGCCAAGGAUUCAGGGUUUGGACAAUCCGAUGUUAGAAGAAGAGAGAGCUGUCGUAAAAGGAGACAUCACUCAAGCCAAAGCUGAAGCCAAACUUCGCGUUCAGAGAAGAUUUGGUCUUAGGCAAAGCCCCGAUGCUCGUCUUUUUGUUUCCUUGGGCCGGCUGGUGAGGCAAAAGGGUGUGGAUCUCAUCGCGGAUGUUGCGGGAUGGCUUCUCUCAGAGCAUGCAGACUCCCAGCUGAUUCUAGUGGGCCCCGUUGGGGAUGGGUUCGGCCACUAUGCCGCAAGCAAGCUGCGACAACUCGAUGAGAAUGGAGACUACCAGGGCCGGCUAUAUGUGAACAUUCAGUUCAUGCGAGAUCCGGAGGCAUUGAGGGACAUGAAGCUUGGCGCAGACUUUUGCCUCAUGCCGUCGCGAGAUGAGCCAUUCGGCUAUGUGGACAUCGAGUUUGCUUGGCACGGAGCUCUUCUGGUUGGUGCUCAAGCUGGAGGAUUGGGAAAGGUUCCUGGCUUUUACUUCCUGGCCCAGAACAGAGAGAAUCUGGGCCGCUUGCGAAAGGAAUUAAGGUCAGCAGUGUCUCAAGCGAUGCAAGCACCAAGAUCGCAGCUUGAAAGCAUGGCCCAGGCGGCCGUCCGUUGCAGCUUCCCCCUGGACCAAUGGCAGCAGCGCCUAACAGCCGCUUACGGAAUUGUGACGGAGGGCGUACCCGCAUUGCAAAGAGCACAGUCUGCGCAGAGCCUGGCUACAUUGGGGGAUGCACGCAGUCGGGGCGAGUCUGAUCAAGGAUUUCGGGCAGUUGCGGCUCCGCCAGGCUCCUCCAUUGAGUUCAGCGACAGUUCAGGCAGCGCUUCCGGAACAAGAACCUUCCUGCCGUAUCCUGAUGCAUCUGCUGAUGCGGUGCUGCUGACUCCAAUAAGUGAUGGAGCUGUGAUACGAGGCGCAGGUGCUGCUCCCGUAUCAGCCGUCGAAUCGGCUGUGGGCGAGGAAUGCCAUCGUGUCAAUGCUAGCUUUGCGCCGUCUGCUGCGGGACCUGAGUUUAUGACCCAGGAGCUUGACGAAGAUGAACUGGCAGAGAGGGUGAAGCAGAAAGUCCAUGAUCACCAGUGGGGGAUUGACGAGAUCCUGGAAAGUGUUGGAGCCGAUGUGGACUUCGAACGUGAAGGUAGUCCGAUGGCCCGUUGGCUUCUGGGUCGUACAUGUGGUGUUCAGCGGGUCCACAUUGUUGUUGCCUUGGGCUACGUGGCUUCACCAGUUGCGGAGUUCUUGACGUUCAUUUCAGCCACAGAGUGGGGUCUGAGGGGCGGGGAGACUGUGCCACGGUUCGCACAGCGUCUUUUUGGCCAAAAGAUUGACCCUCCUAUCUUGAACAUGGUGCUCUUUGCGAUCAACGCCCUUGCCUUCAGCAUUGCCGCACCAUUCUGGGCAGCACUGAGCCGUUACUUCCAGCCGAGGAGGAUCAUGGCAGUCAGCUUGCUGCUUCAAGUUCCGCUUCUUCUAACUUUAUGGCCAAUGUACCCCAGUUUUGAGAUGGCGUGUCUACUGGUGUUCACGCACGGACUCGUCACCGCUUCAUCAUUCCUGUUCCUCGUGUUCAAUUUCAUGAUGUCUAUCAAGGCUGAUAUGAGCAACUACGCAAUACGUCUUGGGACCUUAGAAAUGUUGCGUUAUGUCGUGAACUGGCUGCUUAGCGGCUACAUCUUUCUUGCAUCCCCUUCGUCACUCCGUGGAACAAAGCAGCAGCCCAUUCCGACGAAAUUCGCAUUGCUCUUGCUGCCUAUUGGGCUGCUGAUGCUGCUUUUGACCCUCAUACCAGGAGUCCUACUGCUGUUUGCCCCUGGGCCUUACCGAGAGGAUCGGUUUCCUGGCUGGAACCUCGACCUCUUCUUCAAAAGGAGGUCCUUUGUUCUGCUCUUCUUGAGCGAGUGUGCGGGAAAUUUGGCCUUGUUUCCAGGAACCUGUUAUAUCAGCUGGUGGCUCUCCAACGGCUGGAGCAGCCUGGAGCUCUCGAGCCUCAGUGUCCUCUUCGCAUUUUUAUUAGCGCUGGGGACAUUUAUUUGGGCAGCAGCUCUGAGCCGUGCUUCCAUUCACGGCUUCUCUUUUCUUGUCGGAGUGGUCGUCAUGCUUGCUCCAGCGAUGAUGCUGCGAAGCAUCGUUCAAGACGAAGUGGCCACGAUUACCAGCCUGGGACGCUCCGAGGCCGCAUUGAUCAUCAGCGUGUUCAGCUUGUUCUUGGAGGGCGUCCGUUCUUCAGCGCUUUGGACGGCAAAGAUCCGGAUCCUGAAUUCACGAUGGCGCCUGUUGAGCUACGGGACGGUCCUUCAAAGCUGCAGCCACUUCAGCGCCUUUCUCUCGCCCUUUGUGUGCGAGUUCCUUGCGAGGCAGCAUGGAGUGACCUUCAUCACCCGCAAUCAGAAGGAGCUGGCAGAUGCCAUGAUCCUUUCGGGUGUCCCCUUGGGCCUGCUCCAGUUCUUCUUGCAGGUGGCGAUUGCGCCGUUUAUCAAGAAGGACAUGGGCAUCUCCGUUGGUGCUGAGCGAAGUUCAAGGAGCUUGCUGCGGAAGUUCAGGAAGGGGACCUCUGCUUUCGCGCUUACCACGUUUGCAGGUGCAGGCAUUGCUCUGCUAGUGUUGAUGAACCUCUUCUUGAAGAUACAGAUGCCAGUGGACAGAAUUGCUAGAUGCGAGCUUCCUCACGCCACAAACUGUUCAGUUCUUGUGGAUGAGGUUGACGCGCAGCAGGCUGAAUUUGGCCAACACUACGGGCUCAACCGGUAUGGACAAAACACCACAGGUCUCUACAACUGCCUGAGCCGCAUGAGAGCUGUUGGAGGAGACACUUUCCGUUUUUGGCAGUUUGGGAGGUGCGAAGUGCGGAGUUGCCGGACAGCGUCAGCCUUGGAAAGUGGGCGAUCGGCUGCGGGAGGGGAGGGACCUUUAGAUGCGUACGAUUUGUGGUCACGCUUUUGUGACAUGUCGCGGCCGGACCUGGUAGCAGUGCAUCUUUUCGAGUGGCCCUGGCAAGACGUGGGCAGCGAAUGCGAAAACUACUUGGGGCCAGCAGGUUUCAAUGCUGUGCAGGUCUCGCCACCCAGCGAACACAUUCUGGGUGAUUCCUGGGCAACUCGAUACCAACCCGUGUCGUACAAGCCGCGCGGUUGCACCUUGACGCCUUUCCAGCUUCAAAUUGACGGGAUGCAAGAGUUAGGGCAAGUUUUGUCCAGCUUCGCUUGCUAA